GCUGCUGCCGCCUCUGCCCGCCGCGCGGACCGAGGGAGCGCGGUCGCCGCCGCCUGCCUGCCCGGGUGCCCGCGUGCCCGGGCAGCGGUGGGCCAGGAUGUCGGGUUUCCUGGAGGAGCUGCUGGGCGAGAAACUGGUGACGGGCGGCGGCGAGGAGGUGGACGUGCACUCGCUGGCUGCCCGCGGCAUCUCGCUGCUCGGGCUCUACUUCGGCUGUAGCCUGAGCGCCCCCUGCGCGCAGCUCAGCGCCAGCCUGGCCGCCUUCUACGGCCGCCUGCGGGGGGACGCGGCGGCCGGGCCAGGGGCUGGGGCCGGCCCGGGGCCGGGGGCCGGGGCGGCGGCGGAACCCGAGUCGCGGCGCCGCCUGGAAAUCGUUUUCGUGUCCUCGGACCAGGACCAGCGGCAGUGGCAGGACUUCGUGCGGGACAUGCCGUGGUUGGCACUGCCCUACAAGGAGAAGCACAGGAAGCUUAAACUUUGGAACAAAUAUCGAAUUUCCAACAUUCCAUCACUAAUAUUCUUAGACGCCAGCACCGGGAAGGUCGUGUGCAGGAAUGGGCUGCUGGUGAUCCGCGAUGACCCAGAGGGUUUGGAGUUCCCUUGGGGGCCUAAACCCUUCAGGGAAGUCAUUGCAGGGCCCUUGCUUAGAAAUAAUGGGCAGUCCCUGGAGAGCAGCAGCCUGGAGGGGUCUCACGUGGGAGUCUAUUUCUCUGCACACUGGUGUCCGCCCUGCCGAAGCCUCACCCGGGUCCUGGUGGAAUCCUACCGGAAGAUCAAGGAGGCAGGCCAGAAAUUUGAGAUCAUCUUUGUCAGUGCAGACAGGUCAGAGGACUCAUUCAAACAGUACUUCAGUGAGAUGCCGUGGCUCGCAGUCCCCUACACCGACGAGGCCCGGCGGUCGCGCCUCAACCGGCUGUAUGGAAUCCAAGGCAUCCCCACCCUCAUUGUGCUGGACCCACAGGGGGAGGUGAUCACGCGGCAGGGGCGGGUGGAGGUGCUGAACGACGAGGACUGCAGGGGCUUCCCGUGGCACCCCAAGCCCGUGCUGGAGCUCUCCGACUCCAACGCCGUGCAGCUCAACGAGGGCCCCUGCCUCGUCCUUUUUGUAGAUUCUGAGGAUGACGGGGAGUCCGAGGCGGCCAAGCAGCUGAUCCAGCCCAUAGCUGAGAAGAUCAUCGCCAAGUACAAAGCCAAAGAGGAGGAGGCGCCGCUUCUGUUCUUUGUGGCGGGGGAGGAUGACAUGACCGAUUCCCUGCGAGAUUACACCAACCUGCCCGAGGCUGCCCCUUUGCUCACCAUUCUGGACAUGUCAGCCCGGGCCAAGUACGUGAUGGACGUGGAGGAGAUCACCCCUGCCAUUGUGGAGGCUUUUGUGAAUGACUUCCUAGCAGAAAAGCUCAAACCGGAGCCCAUCUAGUCGGGCUCCCGUUUCCCGGGAUGUUAUUUAAAACGCAUUCUUCUCCUCCCCCUCCCCCACCCUUCCUUCCACCCUUGGACUUUUCCAGGGUGUCCCGAAUCACACAACCCAAGUGUCCAACCUCUCUGUGGUGCCUUGUUUUCUGCAUUAACUCCUCAGCUAGCACCCUAGGGUGCGCAUCCUCUCCAGCAGCAGAAGAACCUCCGUGUUUGGAGACUCUGCUUGGGAUUUGCAGGGCUGGCAUAACCCGGCCCGAAGUGGGACUGCAGCGUUCUCUUGGUCCCUAGCUCUUGGUGAGGUAUUUGCCAGGGUGUUCUUCUGUCAGGUGGGUGCCAAGGGACAGAGCAUCGGUGCUCUGGCUCUGCCUUAGGUGCCAGCGCGUACGUGCAGAGCCCGAGGGUUCCGAGGCGCAUGCGCGGCGGGUGGAGCAGGGCGAGGGCGGCGGCCGCGGAGGCCCCGUGCAGAGCUGCUGGCGAGGACGUCCUUUUCUAAGUGACUUGGUCUGUCUUGGUCUGAGGGAAAAACACCAGCCUGUCAGCCGGUUCUUGGGCAGGGUCUCUCCAGCCCUCAAAGGAAGUUUGUGUUCUUUUCUGGUGAGGAAGAGAGUAGCUACGGUAAUGAUUCACGUACUAAUUGCUUACUUUGAUGGAGCGCCUGCCAUGUGAUAAGAAGGAGCUGCUCAUUCCUUCCUUCUAGCUCUUUCUUCCUUGAUCUUGACCUUCUCCCAGCUUCUACCUUCUCAGAUGAACAGCCCCUAAAUCUUGGAAUGUUGUUGCUAAGUCCUCCCCCUUGGACAUCUUCCCAAGAAGACGCGGUGGUCCUGUGUUCCCGGAGGAGCACCGCUCACCAGCGCAGACCUGACUCAGCCCGGCUCUGGGCCUGGGGCCGCUGGAGCUCUGCUGAGGUGCCCUUGCCCACCCUUGGUUACCCCUGCAUUCCCUUUUCUUCUCAAAGCAGAACUUAAAAGAGACAAGAAAAUUACCAGAAGCCUAGGUUUUUCCUAAGAACCUGCAGAAAGGGCUGUGCCCUGAGGUGGGAGUGCAGGCCAAAGACAGGUCAGCUAAGAGUAGGCCCUGGGUCUGCUCUGCCGGGCCCAGCUCAGCUCCUUGUUUGGGCUGAACUGACCACAGAAAGGAAGCUAACAGCUGUGCUCUUAGGAUUUGGGAUGGAAGGCUUUGCCUAGGGCCUCGCAGGGUUUCCGCCUAUCUCAGUCCGAAGUCAGGGCCUUUAAAAUAAUCUCAGGCCUCACCCCUGGCUCCACUCACAGCCAAUCAAGACCAUUUCUUUGGAAAACCCAGCCCCCUCCAAUUAGCUGUUGACAUGUCGCUCCUUGCUGAGUGGGAUUGUUGAUUUGUAGUUCAGAGGUACAAAUUUAGUUGGUAAUUAGACUGUUACUGUUACCAGCCUGAAAUGCAGUCACCUAGUAAGAAAUAAAACAGGCAUCUCUGGACGUUAUCAACCACUUGGCCAUUCCUGUCCUUCAUAACAAAAAUCUUUUGGCUUGUGCUGUGCUCCAUGGGGUGGGCAGUGGGCGGGGGGGACACACAAGAUCCUCUUGACUUUCACCGGAUAUUUGGCAGCUAUGUUUCAGAAUUUUUGAGAACCAAGCCCUAACGUGGUCAUCUGUCGAAUCCUCUGGAAGCCAGGAUGCUCGUUUGGAUUAGAGCGCCAGAGGCAGAUCCCCCGCUGGAGCUCUGGCCGCCACCUCUCCGGGUUUGACUUGCUAUUGCAGGGGGUGGAGUCUCAGAUUACAGACAUCCUUGUGGACACGUGUUCAUUCCCCCCCUUCACGGGAACACGUGCUCAGAAGCCUGAGAAGGCCAGUUGGAGAAACACAAGGAGUCGAGCACGGGUUCCCCUGUGAAGAGCGGGGCAGUAGUUGGAGACUCUCAAACCUGGCUCUGACCUAGGGCUAGGGGCUGCUCUGGGAGCCCUGCCAGUGUCUCCCUGGGGGGCGGGGGGUGUGGGGACGAGGUGAGGUCACCCUCACUUGGAGGAUGGUCGGGAUUUCUGUCUGUGCCCUGUACCAUGAUGGCCUUGGAGCAAAGGUGGUCUCUCUUAGCAACUACUUAACCUUCUGGGGCAAAAGAAACAAAGUCCAGUUGAGGAGUCCUCCUCGCAAGUCACUGCAGCAGAAAAAUUAGCUCAUUUUUGAUCCUUCUACGGUCCAUACAGGGCCGACUAAACUACUUGCCACUAAUGUCAACUGGACCCUUGACACCAGAAUUCCCCUUCUCGAGGCGGGUGUGGAGGUUAAGAUCAAUGGGAAGGUUUACCAUAAGGUGCUUUUGGUUAUACGGGGCCGACUUUGGGGGAAAAAUGCUGGGGGAGGAUCACCUCACCAGUGAAAAAUCCCUAUCUCUAUAGUGCGAGAGAUCUUAAAAGUUAUUGAUGCAGACGAAGUGGGUGGCAUCUUAAUUCCCACUAAGCAGCUCCAAAAUAUCUUAAAAUUCUUGUCGCUAAUCGGAAGCAGGUUAAAACACAAGCUGUGACAUACUCAAGGUCUUCCGCCAGCAGCAAGGGAAACCAUGCCCUGCAGGUUGAGGCAGGAUGGUGGCUGUAAAAAUGCCGCCCUGGGGUUCCAGAUCUGUGUUCACCACAAUGACUUCCAGAUCCGAUUCUACCCAUUUUCACAACAGAGUUGAGAUUUUUUUUUUUUUUUACCUGUCCCCAACAAUAAAGAUCUGCUUAAGAAAAAAAGUAUGUGUGUGGGGUUGGCAUGUACAGCGGGCAGGUGUAAAGGCCACAGGGUGACUGAGAAUCAGCUUCUUUUCCAGAAGUGAGGGGGCUGCCUGCUACCCCCGCCCGAAGUGUGUCCUCGCAAUCAAUGACUCUUGCUCAUCCAAGCGCAGGGAGCCUGUUCUGCUUUUCUGGCAUCAGCCAAGCUUCAAGUGGUAAUUUUCAGCCAGACUGUGUUUUUUCCUGUUGCCUAAUUAAAGCCACUGAAAAGCUGUUCUCUCCUCCUGCGGCCUUGUUCCAGGGCAGCAAACGGAAUUCUGCAGUGACAGACAUAGUAGAAUGUGGUCCAGGAACGGAGCAGCUGGACCCAAUGAGGUCAUCGGAGAAGGAGAACUACACACGCGUGUGCGUGUACACGUGGAGAGGCCUGCGGGCUUGGAGUGGCAGCCCUGGGAGGGGCCCGAGCGAGUAGCUGGUCCAGCCCCUCCAGUCACGCAAGCAUUCUGUUCACUGUCGCCUCCCCCUCGGCCAGGCCCGCUUGCCCGCUGGGAGCAGGAGCUGAGCGCGGCGGUGGCCAGCGGUGUGGAUCGUGGGAGGUCCGGCAGUGCCCCUGCAGCUUCUCUCCGGUGCUGCGGCAUGAACCGAGGACAACCCGGAGCUCAGGAUCUUCCAUUUACCCUGAAGCAGCUGUGUUCAGUGAGCACUCAAACCUAAGUCCCUCUUUGCUGACACCAACAGGGACAAGAGCGCCCACUGCUUUCCUCCAAGCAGGCUGCUCAAGGAAAAAUGCUUUGGGGACAAACGGCUGUUGUCUAUUCGCCUCAUUAUUAUUAUUAUUAUUAUUAUUAUUA